AUGAAGCUCACUUUGUCUUUUAUUUUUGUCGCCAUCGCUUUGCUACAGAUGACGACAGCAUCUCCCGUCGCCAAAGACGUACAAGGGCACGGCCGAAAGAAUAUCGCGUAUAUGUUCCAACGUGUUCAUCCUAUCUGCAUCAUGUCUAACAAGACCAUUCAGAUUCAGUUGCCGAGGACCUCUCUGAUGUUGAAGAUGUACAGGGACACGGUCGAAAGAAUAUCGCGUGACCAUUCAGAUUCUGUUGCCGAGGACCUCUCUGAUGCCGAAGAUGUCGAGAAGCGCGUCGAGAAGACAUUAGCAUCCAUUGUUUCCGAGGAAUCCCGUGAUGUCCAAGGUGUUGUUGAAGUGUCGAGCACCGCACCCAUCCGCCACUUCUGGGCUGUGAUCUACAAAAGCUAA